UCUUGGGAACGCCAAUAACUCGAGGAUUGUGAGUAAUAGCACAGACCGACCGUGCGCCCUUUCCUUCUCGCCAGAUUUGUGAGGCGUGGCCACGAUACUCUUUGCUCUUCUGAGUCGGAGUUGUUAACCACAGAACUGGGAAUGCAAAAAAAAAGUUGCUCGCAUUCCUUGCAAAGGCGAGCUGGCUUCUGGUAAGCUUUACAGAGCUGGUGCACUCAGGCGCCCUUAACUAGUGCUCUGUCUCCAGGCUGCUAGUCCUUCUCUCUCACCAGCACGUUUUCUGUUUCGAAAUGUCUGAACCCACCUCUGGCGGCUCAAGCAGCAGGAGACCAUUAGCUUCCUAUGUUGGUCGGAGAAUCACCCCUUCCAAUAACUCCAAUGCUGAGGAGAAUGAGGUACUUGAUUUUGAGUACUUCGGACUCAGUCCUAGAGGACCACCCAACCUGGAAGCGUUCCUGGAGGUAUGGGGCAUUGAUGUUCAUCCAAAUCCAGAUGACAUUAACAAGAGGCAGCAUCACACAGCGCUGUAUGAUUGCGGUAACCUGAUUGUGAGACGUGGUCAGCCUUUCCAGAUCACCAUUACCAUUAGCCGAGCGUUCGAUGUGGAAAAGGACAAGAUGUGGAUUGAGUUUCUGAUCGGUCGGUAUCCUGACAUCACCAAAGGAACUUACAUUCCAGUAUUUAUCAAAGAACGAUUGGAGAAAGGGCAAUGGGGAGCCAAAGUGGAGUCAAUCUGGAACAAUGCGCUUAUUCUCUCGGUCAUGACCCCUCCACAGUGCAUAGUGGGACGGUUCAGAAUGUAUGUAGCUGUGAUGACCCCGUAUGGGAUCCGCAGAACUGUGAGAGAUGAAGAAACAGAUAUUUACAUUCUCUUCAACCCUUGGUGUGAAGAGGAUGCUGUUUACCUGAGUAAUGAAGCAGAAAAUGAAGAAUAUGUCUUAAAUGAUGUUGGCUGCAUUUACCAUGGGAAGUUUACAGAAGUAGUCUCCAGAGCGUGGUUUUUUGGUCAGUUUGAAAGGAAUGUGUUGGACGCGUGUAUUUACAUACUGGAUAGAGCACGGAUGCCUUUACAAGCAAGAGGGUGUCCAAUUAAAAUCGCCCGUGUUGUAUCUGCAAUGAUUAAUUCAAAAGAUGAUGGUGGUGUCCUUGUUGGAUGCUGGGAUGGGGAGUACACAGAUGGAGUUGCCCCCACAGCCUGGAAUACCAGUGUAGAAAUCUUACUGCAGUAUCUCGAGACAAGGCUUCCAGUUUGUUACGGACAAUGCUGGGUCUUUGCUGCUGUGCUUAACACAGUUCUUCGCUGCCUGGGUAUACCAGGAAGGGUAGUAACAAACUUCUCUUCAGCGCAUGACAAUGAUGCUAAUCUAACCACCGACAUCAUUCUCGAUGAAAAUGGGAAGAAAGAUGCAAAACUGACUAAGGAUUCAAUCUGGAACUACCAUUGCUGGAAUGAAUGUUGGAUGUCCAGAUAUGAUCUACCACCAGGAUAUGGUGGUUGGCAAGUUGUAGAUGCCACACCUCAGGAAACAAGUGAAGGCAUGUUCAGGUGUGGACCAGCUUCUGUUAAUGCCAUAAAGCAUGGACAGGUUUACUUUCCGUAUGAUGCUCCUUUCAUUUAUGCUGAGGUAAACAGUGACAUAGUCUACUGGAACAGACAGAAGGAUGGCUCCCUGAUUAAGGGUGAUGUGAAGACAGAUGAAAUUGGAAAAUUAAUUCUCACCAAGGAGAUUGGAUCUGACAACAGGAAAGACAUCACAUAUCAGUACAAAUAUGAAGAGGGCAGUCAAGAGGAGAGGAUGGCACUGGACACAGCAAUCCAACAUGGUGUGAAGAAGGAACAAGCUGUAACUGGCGUGACAAUGGACGUAUCUAUAGAUAUGCAUGUUCCUGAGAAUGUUCUCCUAGGUACCAACUUCAUUGUGGAUGUAGAGCUCCAAAACAACAGCAAUGAAAAGCGUAGCAUGACUGUCUUCCUGAGUGGUAGUGUGGUGUUCUACACUGGAGUCCCAAAGAUUGAAGUAAAGAAGGAGACCAUUAAAGUGACUGUGGAACCUAAUCAAGUUCAUCGGGCUCAAGUGAGGAUCAAGUCAAAGGACUAUGUCGAUCAUCUUGUUGAACAAUCCAUCCUGCACUUUUUCACCAGUGGCCGUGUGGAUGAAACAGGGCAGACCCUGGCUGUCCAGAAGGCUGUACCACUGCUGAUUCCAAAGAUGAACAUGAGAGCUGAAGGCCCAGCAAUGUUUGGGCGUGAGGUAACGAUAGUCAUUGAAUUUACAAACCCUCUCAGAAAGCCUUUGGAACAUCUGGUUCUUCGCAUUGAUGGACUUGACUCACGGAAGCCUAAGUUAAAGCUGUUCAGUAUCCUCCCAGAAAAUGCCACCUUAACAACAAGGGAAUUGUUUGUGCCUCGGAAGCGGGGUCAACGCAAAGUGAUAGCGAGCCUGGACUGCAGUGCAUUGAGGCAGGUUGUCGGAGAGUUAGAAUUAAACGUUACAUAGGAAAUGUAAAUGGAGCAGGCAGAGAACCUUCUUCUAAUCUGCCUUUAAAAGGAGUUUUCUGAAGCUGUAAUCUGGAGCAUGUAUUAAAUGAAAAGUUUAAAAGGCAAUUCUGAUGUUUUCAUCCUCCUAUUUUUGAGCUUGUUUUCGUGCUACUUUGUAUCAAUUUUUUUCGCUUCAACCAAUAUCAAAUUGAUUACAACACUUAAGACAUUUAUCCUUGUUAAAUUUUACCUAUCUGUGCUCUAACAUUUUUCAAACUGUGCAGUGCUUAUGUUAUCGUUAGCUGGAUACCAUUAAACUAGAACAGGGAUUAUAUCAGUAAGGUGUUAUUUCUCUUCACCUGUGGCUAUAUGUAAGUUUAGGUCAAAAGGAAGGUACAGACCUAGUCCUGCAGCUUGUUACUUUACUGGGUACCUGAAUGAAAGGGCUGUUUGUAUUCACUUCCUUUCUCAACUACUUUACUGUGUCCCUUCUGGAUCUGUUCUGGAAUACGGAAUCCACAAGUACCAGGCAAAUAUUUUUCACCCAAGUUGCCAUUUUUCAUGUGUCAGCCCAUGUGGUGUUUGCCAAAAAGCUAUUCACCUUGAAGGGGCAUCACAUUUGGAUGCAAUCCUCUCCACAUCCUGUUCCCACCUACAGUCACUUCCCUGCAGCUGAGGGUGGUUGACUGGUUCAUAACCGAUAUAUGGGGCUGUGGGUGGUCCUAUGGGCUGGGAGGCAGAGAAGGUGCAGUGUAUAGUUGAGAGCUACAGAAUCUUACAUCCUUUAGCUGUCACCAGGCAGCGAUCUGCUCCCUUUUACUUUCAAAAGUAUUCAAAUCAUACCUAUGUAUAAGUGCUAGUUGCCAUUACAAUUUUGCUUUUCUUUGAAUGCAAUGCAAGGCACAAUAUUGAAUAUUUUGAUAUUACUUUACAUAACUUUUGUAACCGGUAAGAAAUAGAUAAAGUUGCAUGAGCUCGCAGUUUUACAUUUAUGUCACAUAAGGGCGUUUACAUAGGACCAGCAUUUAAAGGUUAUCAAAGAUGAGAGAAGUUGGACACUGGAGUCCUCUGAAACUUGGGACAGUUUUAUUCAGAAUGUAUCUGUGCUGCCUCUUUUCAGGAAAUUGCCUCAUUCUGUCCCUGUACAAAGUAUCCCACAUAUGGUCAAUCAUAUUCAUCUCUUCCUCCCUCCAAACUUGCCCAUCCCGUACCCUGGCUGCUGGGUACUACACAGAUUGUGUUCACACAGGCCUGGGCUUAUAACUGUCCUAGAACAAAGGCCACAUUGUGAAAGACAGUACCACUUAGGGCACAUGCCCAGACUUGUUGGACCUGUCUCCCUUGCAGUUGAGGACCAUUGGUUACAAUAUUCAGGCUGACACAGUUUCAUGCAACCAGAGAUAGGUGUACUGCUAUCUCCUAGCCCUCUAAAUCCAACCCUACCACUGUUUGGCAAUUCUCUGAUCCAAAAGUCUGGAUUAUUUGGCUGUUGGCCACAUAUUGCUCAGAAAAGAAGAUGUUUGUGAUUCACCCCGGAGAAAUCUGUGUGUUCUGAGCCUCCUACCUGAGUAUCAGGAGCAACGCGGUUGCCCUUAUACGUGUCACAUAAAAAUGCCAAUAUGCCUGUCAGCGCCAGGGACCCAGGUUUGAUUCCACACUCGGAUAACUAGCUGCUGUUAAUGGGGUGUUUGCUAUGUUUAAUGUACUAAAGUGCUUGAUAGGUGCACUUAUGAAACAAAAUUUGACACUGAGUCACAUUGUCAUGAGGGCAAGAAAUAGAGUUAGGCUUUAAAACCACCAGAAAGAGGAGUAGGAGUGGGCCAUUCAACAAGACAAUGACCCAGCUCCAUAUAACCCUUAACUCCCCAAUAAUUCCAACACAUGUCAACCUCCUCUUUAAAUCCAGUCAGUGAUCUAACGUCUACACCUCUCUUCGGGAGAGAAAUUCUGACGUUCACUGCCCUCUGAGAGACGAAAUUCCCCUGUAUCUCAGUUGUAACGAGUAUCCCCUUGUUCUGUAACUGUGGCUCCUAGUUCGAGAGUCCUCCAGUAGUGGAAACAUCUUCUCAACACCUACCCUGUCGAGUCCCUUCAGAAUCUGGUAUGUUACAAUAAGUUCACUCCUCAUUCUUCUAAACUCUAAUGAAUAAUAUAGCCCCUCUCGAUAAGUUAACCACUUCAUCCCAAGAAUUAGCUGAAUUUCUUUUGCACAGUUUCCGAAGACAGUGUAUCCGUUUCUUUUAAAUACAGGGGCUAAAGCUGUACACAGCACUGUGUGUGCAGCACCACUGCUAUUCAGUACUUUAAGGAAUUUCUCAAAGGAGAAGAGAGGGGGAGAUAAAGUUUCGGGGAAAGAACCUAAGCAUCACUAGCAGAGCUAUUAAAUCCGAGCUGGAAUUGUGUAACUCUACUACACCAGUAUCAGAUAUUUGGAGGCUCCAGUUUUGAUCCACUUAAUGGAAUCUAGAUUGGAAAUUAGUAUAUCAGUCGACGGUGUGGCCCGCAUAUACAAAAAUUUACCACAAGGUUAUUUUUAAAGAGGUCACAAAUAAUACAUUGCAGAGGAAGCGGGUCUUACAGAUUAUAGUUGCUUACAUAUUGCGAGCAGCAUAGCGUCUUAGGAAUUCUCAUUGAGGGAUCACAGACUGCCCUGGUUUCCUGAUAGGCAUUUCCAGCGGUUUAGCUUUUCCUCAAUGUAUAUACCAUUAUAACACCAUGAUGUGCCAUGAAUUCUAUUAUGAGAAGCUUUAUUUGUAGGUUUAUUUUGUAUCACUCAUUUUUUAUAAUGUGCACAAUCAUUAUU